AUGGCAGCUUUCAGUAAUAAGAACAAAGAAAGAAGACCUAAAUUUUUACUUUUCCUAAAAAUUAAUGAAUUAGUUAAUAUCCCACAAUCAUCUGGUUAUUGUUAUGUUAAAUGGCAUUUAAAAGAUGGUACAGGUAUCUCACCUCAUCCAAAGAUAUCUUCCACCACCAACGAUAGUAUUAAUAUUUCCAAAAGGGACAGUAACGCCACGAUACCGAAUGGAGUUUCAUCAUCUUCAUCUGGUUCAGCAAAUAAAACGACGAACGAUAUUGAUAAGAUUGCAAUGAAUCAAAGUCAUGGCACCACGCCGAAAGUAUUAGUGAAACAUCAUAAGGUUCAAUGGAAUUUUGCAUUAAGUAAACCAUUACAAAUUAAAUUACAAGUAGAUAAAUCAAGAAAUUUACAAAAUAAAUAUAUGAAAUUUGAUGUAUUUUUCGAAUUCUUAGAUUCCAACUCGUCAUCUUAUUGUACAUCUCCUAUUAAAUGUCGUACCAGUACAGACACUAAUAAGGGUACAGGUGACGAUGAGGAAGAUAUGAAAAAGAUUAAAAGGAAAACAAGUAUAUCAUCUAUGAAAUCUACGGGAUCAAAUUCUUAUUCUCAAAAGAUAUCAGGAAAGAUCCUAUUAGGAUCCAUAACUAUUGAUAUAACUGAAUAUGUCAAACCAAAUGAAAUGGCGUUUACAAAUAGAUUUCUCUUACAAGAUUCUAAGAUAAAUUCUAUAAUUAAUGUAUCAUUACAAUUGAAAAUCUUUAGAGGUUCCUAUAAUGAUUUUAAUUGUAAUAAAUUUUUCACUAAUGGGCAACUCUCAAAUAAUGCUCAAAAUUAUACGUCGCAAGGUGAUACACUACAAAGUGACCGUGGUGGUGGUGGUGGUAGUGGUGGUAUAACUGAUAUCCUAGAGACAAAUUCCAACCAAUCUUCUUCAAAUAUUGGGAAUACAAACACUGAGUCAUCUACAUCGUUCAACAUGAGUAAUGGGCGAUUUACUAAUAAUACUAAUAAUAGUAGUAGAAGCACAGGAGCAUAUACAUCUUCAGCGACUACUACAUCUUCAUCAUUUGAUAAUAAUAAAUAUAUCAAGUCCACUAUAUCAAACUCUAUGAAACCAUUGAUUGAAAAAUUAUAUGAAAAGACGUUCCAAUUAUCAUGGGACCCUCGGCCUAAUGAAUUUACACCGAAGGAAUGUAUUAAUGAUAUUUUGAAUGGUGGGAAUGGAUGGGCUAAGAAUGAGAAGGGGAUUAAUUUGAUUGAUUUACAAACUUUACAAUUGAAUGAGAUGGAAUUGGAAGAUCCAUCAUCUUUGAAUCAUGGCGCGGGUGCGGGUGGGCAUGAGGAAGAAGGGAGUAAUUAUUUCUCAAAAAUGAGUAAAAAGGAGUUUUUAGAGAGGAAAAGGAGACAACUUGAAAGACAAAAUAGUAAAAACAAGAGUAAUGCUAUGAUUAAUAAUCAUAGCAACAGCAAUAAUGGUAGUAAUUGGACUCAUUUAUCCCCUUCACAAAGGGAAAAAUUAAGAGGAAAUGAUAAUAGUAAUAAUAAUCAAGCAGACAGUAAUGUAACUAAGCAUAGAAGUAUGCUCUUGAAUAAAAAUAGAAAUGGAUCAUAUGAAGAUGUGGAGAGGGAUGAUGAUAAUGAAGAUAGUGUAUCUAGUAAUGAAAUACGGUUUGACGAGAAUGAUAUUGUAAGAGAUGUUAAGAAUUGGUCUGUAAACCAGAUACGGUCGUGA